GUUCUUUUACAUCUCUCCCGGUCAUUUAUCGGAAACCAUGUCUUUACUCUGCAAACGUCCCUCUGCAGGGCUCUUGUCACCAUUUCCCCUAACAAGAAGUGUCUCUACUUCUCCAUACGGUCGCUCACAUGUUUUCAAGCAACGUCUACCCAAAUUACCCAACCCAGUAGUUCCUCAUUUCCCUCAGCGCGUCGUUCGUGCGGACGGCUCAUCAUACAUGCAAUGGACGACAUCGCCACGCUCACGAAUAACGUUGACGCGCGAUACAACAAACCACCCUCUUUGGAACGCUACUCAACGUUUGAGCGGGGCGGUCGGUGAGGGAGGUAUAGAAGAUGAAGAGCAGGAGGGCACUGGUCGUUUGGGACGCUUCAAGAGAAGGUUUGGACAGGAAGUCGGUGUGGGAGAGUGGACUGAGCUUCAAGAGGGCAUUGAGGCUGAAGUGGAGCCUCCAGCGAGCAAAAAGCAAAAAGCAACCCCGAAGAAAUGAGUGCGUUGAUGCCUAGUCUGUCUUUGGCCCUUGGAGUGUGUUUGCCCUUGUAGUAAUUGAAAUCCUAUCUUACCAGCUUUUUUCAGCUUCUCGCAGCGAACUCCGUUGCAAGCAGACUUAAGUUGGAACUCGUCAUUUUAUCACUAAGAUGCACAUUCACCUCAAUCAAGUAUGUUUCGGGUGUUGAAACGUUGAUACCUUGCCAUCAAUUUCAAAAGUACACAAGUUCAUCUUGUACCGUAUACGUACGUCUUGGCCGUCUUCGCAAUGCGCUUGUUCCUGCCUACUCUCGCAUGGCUGUAUCACCCAUGUCAGCCUUCAUUAAUCCAUUGGGCACCUUACUGUUUGCG